UAUCUUACUAGUGCGUAAUGUAUGUAGUGAAAUAUUAUUUAAUAAUUACGAAUGUAUGUUUCACACUUUCAUUGCUUAGUAUAAAAUCAUUAUUAUUCAAGUAAGUAUUUAUAUAUAUCCAAAUUCAUGAAUAAUUAACUAUUUAAUAAUAUUAUUAAUCUUUUGUUAAACACAGAAGUACCUGUAGUGAACAUGAGUAAGCUACAAAAGUUCCGGAUCGAGUGGCUCAAAGAUGAGAUAUUUGCUGAUUGGUUGAAAGAAGUUCCAGAGGAUAUUUCAAAAGCAUACUGCAAAUUUUGCUUGUGUACAAUUCGUGCAAGACGUGCUGAUCUCAUUAAGCAUACAGAGGAAAAAAAACAUAAGUCUGCAAAGACAAACACAGUUCAAACUCAUGAUAAUAAAUUAAAGUUUGUAACACUUUAUACUAUAACUGCACAAAUUGAAACUUCGCUAUUUUUAUUCAUAAGUGCUUACUGUUCAGUGCUUUCUAUAAAACAUCUAGGUCCUAGGAGAGCUAUGUAAAACAAAAUUCUAUGGGUCGAAACGAGCUGACAAUUUAUCUUCAUAUAUAUUACAAAAUGUACUUCAAUAACAAAUAAUGUUUUAAGUUCUUUUAUUAAAACAGAUUUAAGAGCCUAUAUUGGUUAGGUAAUAAUACGUUUAUCCUGUUUUUAAAUAAAUUAACAGAUAUUUCAGUUGCGAAAUAUUUGAGAAUUACCAUAAUAUAUGUUAGUACACAAAAAACUACUAUUGCUGCAAUAUUUUUUGGAUUGGAAAAGUAACUGUUAUUUUUAAGAAUGAUAUUUUAUUGAUUCAAGCUAUUGUUGAAUCAGUAAAACUGGCAUUAGAAAAAUAUCACAUAGAUUUAAAAAAUUUAAUUGAAAAAUGAUGUAGUAAGGAGAACUACCAAAGAGGAAUCUGUACCCUUCUAUAAUAUUUUUCACAAUAGAUCUCAAUCCAAUUAUAAUCUAUUAAUAAAGGAUGCUACUGAUAAAAUAUACCUGGCAAAAUGGCAACCCUAAAAGACAACUAAACAGAAACUGGUAUUGUGAUUUUCCUUAUAACUAGGGCAUGGAUGUUGUUGAUUUGCAACUUUUUUUAACUUUUAAAUUUAUUGCUAAGUAAGUUUUAUAUAUGUUUCAUGUAAUUACGAAUUCAUAUCUAGAAGUUUUAAGUACAAUUUUUGAAAUUUUUCAAUUUUGUUGAAUUUACUCAUUUAUACAACUAAUUUAGCUAUAGUCAACACUUACAGUUGUUUAGAUAAAAUUAUGCCAUAAUAUCACCAGCCAUAAAAUUUAUUAAUGAUAUCUUUAUAUUGAUAAUUUUAAAUUUGUAGGUAUUUAAUAUAAUACAAAAAUAAUUUGUGAAAUGUGACUGUUUGACUUGUUACAAUUUGUUUUCAGUCACUCCGUGAAUUUUAAGUGAUUGUGUUCUGUUAUUGUUUUAUACAUAUGCUGAAAAUUAAGCUAACUACUUCCACUGUUGUUAAAAAAUUGACAAUUUUUAACAUUUUUAGUGCAAUAAUGCAAACAAUUUUCCUAGUUUUUUACUAUUAUAACAUCCAUGAUCUAUUUAUAACUAAUAUAGUUUUUAAAAAAACACAACUGUCAAGUUGUUAAUUGGUAGCUUCUCAAAUAAAAUAUUUAAUUAUUCUAAAUACUGUUCACAUACUUAUUGUACUUGUUUUUGUACAGAUUGUAUAUUAUCUUAUAAAAUUAAAAAAAAACUUAACUUAUUAUCUGUGUUCAUCUCAUAUAGCUGGUUUUAUUUAUUUAUAAUAAUUAACAACUAUUGUAAUUUAUUUGUAGCUCCAAUUAUUUGUAUUUUAUGAAUAGGAUAGUGGAAAGUGAAAAUAUGUCAAUAGUUCCAGUUGAAAUUAGUUCUAAUGACCAUGAGCAAAAUUUAACUUAUCAACAGCGUAUAGAAAUACAACGUAAAGAAAACAUGGAUUUGUUUGAGUAAGCUAUUUAUUUUAUAAUAGUUUGUAAUUAUAUUCUUUACCACAAUUAUUAAUAUAUAUUAAACUUGUAUCUAGUUUUUACUCCCUUACCCCCCUUUGUGGAUUUUAUAAUCGUGUAUUAAUGAUACAUGAUACAUAAGUCAAAAUAUCAACUAAUCACUUUAAACUUGCAUUCCUAUAAUAGGUAUAUCCUUUAUAAAUAAUCCAUGGUCAGAUUUUAUUAUUUUCUCAGAAGUUGGAAAAUAGAUAUUCACUAUAUGACCUAAUACGACUAAGAAUUUUAAAUAAUAUUAAAUGAUUUUAUUUACCCAAUCUGAUUGAACAAAGUGUUCUGAAAAAUAAAAUCAGAAAUCUAGUACUUUCAUAUUAUAUUAUUACUACUUAUUUGAAUAUAAUGCCAGUACGUAAAAUAAGGAUAAAAAUAAGGAUUGAUGAAACUCCAGGUUAUCCAUUUAAGUUGAUACACUUAUCAUCUAGGAAAUUAAGUAUUAACUUUUUUCUUGAACAUAUAAAAAACAAACAACUGCAAUUCUAUAUUUAUGUUAUUUUUGUCACCCUUAUUUUUGGAGGUUACUUUUGAUUUUCAAAUGGCAAUCUAUGUUUAAAGAUCCAUAAAUAGAUGGUUAAAAUAAAUUUUAGUGUUGACAUUUUUGAUGUCUGUCAAGUCAUUGACGAGAUAUUCCACUUUUAAGUUUAGGUUGGAAGAGAGUAGUGGUGCAUUAUUAACAUGUCACAUGCAGUAACGAUAAUAUUUUGUAAUCAUAGGUUUUCUUUCUAAAAAAUGUUAGAUAAUUUAUUUUAAGGUAUCUAAAUCAUUAAUAUUUUAAUAUUUCAGAACAUUGGGUGUGUAUGAUGUUGCUAACAAUUUAAUGGAUAGCUUAAAUAAGCAUCGUGCUGACAAAUUGGCGAAUAAGUUAAAUAAAAAACAAACUGGUGUAAAACGAAAAAGGUAUUUUGAUAAUACUGUAGUUCUAUAACCAGUAAAACAUUUGAAUCAUUAUUCACUUGGAUUAUUUAUGCAUUAAAUAUGACUUAUAAUUUAUAAAUAUAUAUACUUCUUCAGAUCACCUUCUAGACGUUCACAAAGAAUAGCUAAACUUCUGGAUGAUGGAAUAGACAUUAUUUCUAACAAAUUAAGGUUAGAAUCUAAUGAAAAUGUACAUAACACUGAAGAAAAUAUUCCUAAAUCUAAUCUAAGUAAUCAAAGUGAGUUUUUUUAAUUAAAUAAUAAUUUUUUAAAUAUAUAUUUUCGUGUAAUUUUUAAUCACGAAUAUAAUUAUAUUGUUAACAAAGUUUCCAUAUCAAUUCCUCAAGAAAAUAUCACAUAUUUUGAAAAACUUAAUGCAGAUAUAUCUAUUGAAAGAGCAGCAGAAAAUAGUGUUCAUACAUAUGCCAUUGAUAGGUAUGAUACAAGUUUUAAAUAAUUAGUUUAUUAAUUGUAAAUAUUAUUUUAGACAUUUUAAUUGCAUUAAUGUUUUUCUAUUCAAAAUGUUUCAAUAAAUAAAAACUUUAAUCAAGUUAAUGUUUUUUUAGAAAUAAUUUUAAUAUUCUCUAUUUUUCUUUUAAAAAUAUGUCUCUAAACUAUAAAUAUAUAAGUAAGUAUUUUUUACUUUUUGUAUUAUUUUUACCAAUUUCCUUUAUUAAAUUAGUCUAAACUUAAAAAAAAUGUAUACAAAUUAUUAUUUUAGUAAAAUUUAAUAUAAAUUAGGUUCUGCAAUUGUUAUGACUUUAAAAACUUUUUCAAGAAGAGUUCUAAAUCAAAAUAUUUAAUUAUUUGAUCUUUUAUGUAUUUCUAUUCAUAUGUAGUUAAACUAUAUUUUUUUUAAAAUCAAGGUAUACUAAGGUAUUAGGAGGUCUUAAAAUGCACGGGCCUCCUUUAAAAGUUGCCGGCAACCGUAUCUACUCCUUAGCUGUUCAUCCUUCUGAGACAUCUCUGAUAAUUGCUGCUGGUGAUUUGAAAGGAUAUAUAGGUGAAAACAAUACAUUAAAAAAAAAAGUUUUCUUUAGGCAUUGAAUAUAAUAUUAUUGUUUUAAUAUUUGUUUAGCCUUUUAUAACAAAAAUGAUUCAACUAAUUCACCAACAACAUACAAAGUACAUGACACUUCUGUGAACUGUUUAUCAUUUUGUUCAUGGGAUCCAUAUAAGUUAUUUUCAACUAGCCAUGAUGGGUCGGUCAGAUGUGGUGAUAUUGUUAAUUAUACUUUUGAUAUGGUUAAUCAAAUUGAUUUUUUUUCUUCUUGUAACUGAAACUAUUCAAACUUAUAGUAUGUAUGAUAUUAUUCAAAUAGAUUUAUAAUACAAAAUUGUGGGUUAAUGAUACUACUAACAGUAACUUUUCAACUCAUACCACAUGGCAUACUGAAUAUGAAAGAAAUCUUCUUAUUGGUUGUGGUAUGUAUUACAAUUGCUUGUUUCACAAGCCUAAUAUUGUCUGUUCAAUUACGAAUUGAUUUUUAAGGUGCUGGUCGCGUGGAUCUAGUGGACAUGCGGACCCCUAAUAAAAUUCAGAAGACUAUCCAGUGCCAUAAGAGAUCUGUCCGUACAGUGCAGUGUCACCCAUUACAAAACCAUUAUUUUUUGACAUCAUCCGCAUUGGGGUAGCUAAUAACUUAAUUUUAAUUAAUAUUUAUUUAAAUGUUUUUCUACUCAAAUAGGUAUUAUUACAUUUGUUUAUUUAACUUUUUAGAGAGGUAUCAUUAUGGGAUAUAAGAAAUGUAACUGACAAAUCGUUAAAUCCAGUUUUACAAUUUGAACAUAAUGCAGUUAUGAAAAGUGCAUUUUUUUCACACUCUGGCAUAAAUAUGAUUUCAACAUCUACAGACAAUUUUAUCAGAAUAUUUAACACUAGUGAAUUAAAUGAAACAGCAUCAAGUAUGUCAGAAAUAAAUAAUUUUCUUUUAAAAUAGAAUCAAAAAGUUGUACAUUUUAUAAAAUUAUUAAUAAGUCUCAUGUAGGGUUUCAUUUCACCACACAUACAUAUAAUUACCUAAUUACCCAUUUUUAAAAAUUAUAGAUAGUAUAAUAUUUUAUAUUUCAAAAUAAAUGACAAUAUACGAAUAUUUUUAACUAAAUGACAUAAAAAAAAGAGGUGAAACUAGGGACGGGUUUACCACUGUUGCAGAUGGGAAGUUAGGAAGAUAGGAUGUAUAAAGUUAUUUAAUUAAUAUCCAUGAGAUAAACCAUUGCUAACGAAAAAUGUUUUGGGGCGAAAUUCAAUUAAACAUGUUUUUAAUAGGUCAUAAAUCAUAAUAUUUACAAUUUUCAUCAAAAUUUGACAUUAAUUCUUUAAAUAAAAAAAAAAAAACCUCUACACUUUACUUUUUGUUUAUCAAUUAGUAUAACUUGUGUAAACCUUCUGUUAAAUUAUCAAGCAUCUCUGUUUCGUUAAACAAUAAUAUCCACAUUGUACCUACUGAAUAAAAACUACAUAAAAAAAACUCACAAAAAUGAAAUGUGUAUGAACAGCUCAAAAAUCUCCAUAUUAUUUUGUAAAUUUUACCCCCUCUAGAAAAGGAAAUUAUAAUUUUUUCUGUCAAGUCUCUACUAAUAUUUUUAACUGAAUCCCAAUAUAAAAAUAAACUUGAAAAUAAUAAAAUCACUAUUUUCGUAAAAAUUGUGCAUUCUUUCUAUAUUUUUUUCAUUUUAUAUUUUUCCAGUUUUUUCAAAUUGCUAUGAUAACUGCUUGAAAAAUCGAAUAAUGAUUUAUUUCGUGUAUAAGAGCAACUAAAUCUAAAAUGCAACAAAAUAGGUCUUUUGUUAUUUUUUGAUUAAAACAAUAUUUUUGGUACAAAAUAGUGUAUAUAAAUUAAAACCAAUAAAAUCGGUAACGCUGUGGUCCGCUGUAAAUAUCUGUUAUUUUUCCUAUAAUUUUGUUUCUAAUUUUUCCCAAUUAUUUUGAAAACCACUAGGAAAAUUAUAAAAUUACUCUUCAAAUACAUCAAUUAGAUAAAAUUUCUCUCAGAAAAUGUACCAUACUUGAUAUUCCAAGCAAGUUUUCUAUUCAAAAUGUUGCUCACAGAAACAAUAAAAAAUAAAAAAAGUAAAACCAAUAAAUCUCUCACUACAUUGGAAUCUAAAAUUUAAAUAAUUUUACUGUGAAUAUUAUAGAAUUUUUGACUGAAAUUUUAUUUUUUAGAACCAGUAAAGAAAAUUCCACACAAUAAUAAUACAGGAAAAUGGCUUUCUGUAAUAAAGGCAAAAUGGACCCCAGGACGAGAUGACAUAUUUUUUACUGGUUCAAUGAUAUCAAAUCCAAAAAGAGUACGUAAUUUGUACACAUUUUUUAAAAUUUUAUUUAAUUAAUGACAAUUUAGUAUAGUGUAUAAUUGCAUUUGUUUUUGUUUUUAUUUAUAGCUUUUGUUAAAAGUAAAGAGUUAAUUUUUAAAAUAAAUUACAUUAAAUCAAAAUUUGACUACAGUAAAAAUAAUGUAUAUAUAAAUUAAACAUAGUCAGACGUUAUUAAUACGUUAUCAAUUAACAGUUUAUAGUUAAUUUAAUUGUGACAAUGAUUAUUAGUCGGAUUUAGGACUUAUUGCACUUAAAAUUCACAAUAAAAACCUUAAAUACAUUAAACAAAAUAUCAUCAUAAAUCGCAUAAUCAAAAAUAGUAGAAGUGUUUAAAAGUCUCCCAUCUAACGAUUAAUCUAUUAAAUAAAAUUGUCUAAAACAAAAUAAUUUUUUUAAAUCAAAUUUUACAUCAUAUAAAAUAAUAAAAAUGGGAAAUUUUAAACCAGUUCUUGCUUCUCUGUGGAUUUUAAAUGCAAAAAUCCUGAACCUUAAUUAAUAAGUAAUAAAAUUAAUAAUGAAUAAAUUAAACAAAAAAAACAGGGUUACUACUCGAUCACUUUUUCAACUAAAUGCCUUUUUUUUUUUCUCAAGUAACUAAAAGUCUCCUUUUUAUAUUUAAAGUCACUUUUUUCAUAUUGAAUUUGUCUUACAUUUUUUAACCUUUUUAUGAAAAAUAUCAAAACAUUAAUUUUAUAUAUAGAAAAUAGCUUUUUAAUAGCUUAAAUAAUUAUUUAAACUUUACACUUUUAUUAUUCCAUUUAGUAGAAAUUCUUACAACAACCGAAAUUUACUCAUGAAGUUUACUGAAUUAUUAUUAAGUUCCAAUAAUAUUUUAUUCCAAUAAGUGUAUCAUAUUUACUUUUUGAAAGUCCCAUUUAUUACUAAUUUAAAUACUAAAAUAUAUCAAAUUAUUAAACUUGUUAUGUGGUUUCAGAUUGAAAUGUAUAGUUCCAGUGGAAUAUUACUGCAUAAUCUAAUAGAUAAAGAUUAUAUGACUACUUAUUGCCCUGUAAUAGAAGCACAUCCUACUCAGGCUAUUUACGUUGGUGGAAAUUCAUCAGGUCGUAUACACAUUUAUAGCGCCUAACGAGUAACAACAAAUGAAUUGAUUGUUAUUCUUUCUUUUUUUUAACUUAUAUAUUUUUACUUUUGAAUGUAAUAAUACUUAAAAUAUAUAAUUAAAUUUUAAUUACAUAAUAUAUACAUUUUUUAAUAACAUAUUAAUUUAAUACAUUUAAUAACAUAAUUGUCUUAACUAUGACCUAACAAUUUACUUUAAUGUGUUUUGUUUUGUGUGUCUAUAAACAACUUUUUGAAAAGAAAUGUGGUCUUGAUUUAUAAAAAAACUUUUCUGAAAGGAAAUUGUAUCUUGUUCGUGUAUUAAAGAGGUAAUUUUUUGAUUUUAUAAUGAGUUUUCAAAAUAGUUGGGAAAAUUCGAAAAUAAAAUUAUAAUGUACUAUCUGUAAUCUUUAAUGAUGUGCAAUUUGAAAAUUGUAUGCCCAAUGUGUGGUGUAAUGAGAGAAGAGUGCUGUGUUUUCUCUAAUUAACCGACAUCAGUGGAAGAUCAGUUUUUCAUAUUGCUACCCCACUACUUUUAUCGUUUAUUAAUAAGUAUAAUUAAGUAAAUAUGUUUUAUACCCUACAUGAGACUAGUUAACAAUUUUUUGAUUCUAUUUUUAAAAAAAAAUAUUUAUUUCUAACAUACUAGAUGAUGUUGCCUUUUAUCGAAUGGUGUUAAAUAUUCUGAUAAAAUUGUCUUGAGAUGUUGAAAUCAUAUUCAUGCCAGAGGAUGAAAAAUAUUUCUCUUUUCAGAAUUGCAUUAUAUUCAAGUUGUAAAACUGGAUUUAAUUUGAUAGUUAAAUUUCUUAUAUAGUAUGUAGUUGAUUGUAAUAUUUUAAUUUAGCAGUGUAAUUAACCCUAUUUUUAUUUUAUAUCUAUUUGAGUGAUGUAAUAAAUAGUAUAAGUUUAAAUAAUUACUGUUAAAAUAAUAAAUUAGUGAAUCGAUUAUACUGACCAUAUCCAAAGUAUGAUUAACAAUAUCACUACAUUUGACUGAUCCAUCAUGGCUAGUUGAAAAUAACUUAAAUGGAUUCCAUGAAUAAAAUGAAACACAGUUCAUUGAAGUAAUAGUAUCAUAUAGGUUAACAACUUUAUAGAAUUCCUAUACACAUUAAACCAACUUGAUUUCCUAGCACAUAUGAUUCUAUUAAAAAUACAUAUUUUGUAUAAACUUUCAUUGAGGAUUGCGUACAAAAUUGAAAUAAAUGUUAUUAAAUAUACAAUUUUAACAUAUACUAUUUAUACUACUUAAC